GCCGGCAUGGCGGCGGCCGAGGAAAAGGAGGAGGCGGCGGUGCCGCCACAGAAACGCUUCUACCGACAGCGCGCGCACUCGAACCCGCUGGCCGACCACACCCUGUGCUACCCGUCCCGCCCUCAGGACAUGGACUGGGCCUCGCUGUUCCCGAGUUUUUUCCCGCCCGAAGCCCCCCCCGGGACCCCCCCGGCCCGCGUGGAGUUCGCAGAUGUGGGGUGCGGCUACGGGGGGCUGCUGGUGGCUCUCUCGGACCUGUUUCCCCGCUCUCUGGCGCUGGGUUUGGAGCUGCGGGGGAAGGUGGCCGCGUUCACCCGCGCCAGGAUCCGGGCGCUGCGGGCGGCCCAGCCCGGCCGCUUCGGCAACGUGGCCUGCGUGAGGGGCAACGCCAUGAAACACCUGCCCCACUUCUUCCUGCGGGGCCAGCUCUCCAAGCUGUUUUUCCUGUUCCCUGACCCCCAUUUCAAGCGCACCAAGCACAAGUGGAGAAUCAUCAGCCCGGCCAUGCUGGCAGAGUACGGCUUCGUGCUGCGGCCUGGGGGCCUGGUGUACACGGUGACGGACGUGCCCGAGCUGCACCAGUGGAUGCUGCAGCAUUUUGGGGAGCACCCCCUGUUCGAGCCCCUGCCCCCCGCCCAGCUGGCCGCGGACCCGCUGCUGCCGCUGCUGCCGGCGGUGACCGAGGAGGGGCAGCGGGCGCGGCGGGCGGGGCGCCCCCCCAGCACCGCCGUGUUCCGCCGCCGCCCCGACCCCCCCGCGGCGCCGUGACCCCCCCCGACCCCCCCCCCCUUUUUGUAAUAAAGUCACAAAAUGUCCCCAA